AUGGCUCCCAUCGCCCAAACUUCAGACAUUAGCGCUGUAGAAAAAAAGACGAAUCCUUUCGACAACCCAGACCCAGCAGCUGAGCACCAACAGGCCGACGAUGAGGUGGUUGGUGAAGUUGGCCCCGCGGUCAACAUGGCGGACUACGAGAAACAGAAGAUAGCCCAGGGCGAAGCCCAUUUCCACCGUCUCGGGUGGAAGCGCCUCACCAUUGUGCUCAUCGUGACAGCCGUCGCGCUCGGCAGUCUCAGUCUUCCCGGCGCCUUCGCGACACUUGGCAUGGUGGCCGGUGUGAUUCUGUCGGUUGGCAUCGGUCUCGUCGCCUUGUAUUCCAGCUAUGUUAUCGGCCAGGUGAAACUCAAGCACCCGCAGAUUUCUCACUACGCCGACGCGGGUCGUAUGAUGUUUGGCAACGUCGGCUACGAGGUCGUCAGCGUCAUGUUCAUCUUGCAGCUCAUUUUCACCACUGGCUCUCAUGUUCUCACCGGGGCUAUCAUGUUCGGCAAUCUCACCAACAACGGUGCCUGCACGGUUGUCUUCACCGUCGUCUCGGCCAUCAUACUGUUCCUGGUUGCCAUCCCGCCCAGCUUCGCUGAGGUGGCCAUUCUCGGUUACAUUGAUUUCGUUUCCAUCGUCGCCGCUAUUUUCGUCACCAUCGUCGCAACGGGCGUACAAGCCGGGGAACUUCCAGGUGGUGCCGCCUCUGUUGCGUGGUCUGCGUGGCCCAAGGACAACUUAACUCUCGCCGAGGCCUUUAUCGCCAUCAGCAACAUUGUUUUCGCGUACAGCUUUGCCUUGUGCCAGUUCAGCUUCAUGGACGAGAUGCACACGCCACAGGACUACGACAAAUCCAUCCUAGCUCUCGGCGUCUUCGAAAUUUUUCUCUACACCGUCACUGGCGCACUCGUCUACGCUUUCGUUGGCCCUGACGUCAAGUCGCCCGCUCUCCUCUCAGCUGGACCCGUCGUUUCGAAGGUGGCCUUUGGUAUCGCGAUCCCCGUCAUCUUUAUCUCAGGCAGCAUCAACACGACGGUGGUCGGUCGCUACAUCCAUGGCCGCAUCUUCAAAAAUUCGGUCAUUCGCUACAUUAAUACUCCCAUGGGUUGGGCUACAUGGAUCGGGCUCGAUGCCAUCAUCACUCUGGUCGCAUGGAUCAUCGCCGGGGCUGUCCCGUUCUUCUCGGAUCUGCUCGCCAUCUGUUCAUCGCUCUUCAUCUCAGGCUUCACCUUCUACUUCCCGGCUAUCAUGUGGUUCAUGUUUAUCCGAGAGGGAAGAUGGGCCGACCCUAGGAAUAUUGCCCACGGCUUUGCCAACGCUAUCUGCUUCUCCAUCGGUGUCAUUGUCCUGGGCGUGGGCACUUACUCUGCUGUUUGGGAUAUUAAACACCAAUACGACGUCGGUUCGGUAUCUGAGCCUUACAGCUGCGCGCCAAUUGCUUAA